UGAGAAUUAUCACAUCAUUGUUUAACGAAAGAAAUGUCAAAAGUGAGAGAAUCGAUACAAAAUUAUCACCGAAUCGUUAAGUCCAAGUUAUUGAAAUCUAAAAGGGUAGGCUGCAAUCAUGGACUGCCCGAGAGGUGAGAGUAUAAGCCGCAACCAAAUUAGCUGACAGUGUCGAAACAGCUAUUCCUUUACUAUUAAAUAACAAAAAAAAAAAUACGAACAAAGCCGAGUUCACGCGAUAUUUGAAAAAGAAGAAGUGAUAAGUGCAAUUUCCGAUGAGCCAAACGACGGCCGACAGCUGUGCGAUUGGUGAACGAAGUGUAAGCGAAGUGCGGGUGCGCCUAAUUUGGCGAUAAUCGAUACACUGUGGCCCCCACGCAUGCAGCCAAAGGCGCCGCGGGGGCCCACCCAUCAUUGGUAGCGCUGCGCGUAUUGCUGUUUUUGGCAACAACAACAACAUUUCUGGUGGGGUCGGUGCCAGCCCUCGCGGUGUCCACAAACCAAAGACAAAUAGCGCAUCGCAUUGGCAAGACUGGUGGCAGAAGCAGCAACAACAACAAUUACAAUAGCAACAACAACAAUCGUACGAGUCAUGUGGCAAACAAAGAGUCUGAAACGGAUACAACAUUUUUGCGACCAUUUUUCAUAUGGCCGAUGACACGAGUUGCUGGUGUUGCAACGCCAACAACAGCAACAUCAACAACAAAUGCCUCGACGGCAUCAGCUAGAAAUACGAAAGUGCACAUAAAUUUGCGCGCCAACAACAACAGCGGUGGUAGCGGUAGGAGCAACAACAGUAAAAACAACAACAUCAACAGUAUAAACAACCAAACCAGCGUCGGGCAAAGUAAAUAUUUGACAUGGUACAAAAUAGUGAGCGAACACAACAAAAAGUACAACAACAACGACAAUUACAAUUACACAUACAAAUCAGACAACAACAACGAAAGUUACAACAACAGAAGCAACAUUGGAGCAACCACGACAACGAGGCGCAACGAACAAAUUGGAAACGUAGACGGAAAUGCCGGCGGAAACGGAAGCGCUCGGGUAGUAGCGCAUACGGGAAAUGCCAAUAAAAGUAGAAUAAGUAGAAGCGAGAAUAGUUACUACAGUGUAAAUAAAUUUGUGUUAGCAACAAAUGAACGGCGCUCGGUUCGCAGGCGUCAUCAUGUAAAUAAGAGUCUUGUAAAUAGUGUAAAUAAGAAUCCAAAUAAAAAUAGAAAUAAGCGCAAGAGUGAAAAUAGCAGCCGUGCCAGCGGCCAUAGUUCCCAAGUGAAUGGAGUAAUAGAAAUAGAAAAAGGCAAAGGCAAAGGCAAAGCGUUCGCAAAUAACACGCGCCUACAAUUCGAACGCAAGAGCUCGAGAGAACACAGUGUAAAUAGUUUCAAUAAAAGUGUUGUUAGUGCUGAUGUUGGUGUUGGUGUUGGUGUUGUGGCAGAGAGUGUUGAAAAAAGUGCGCAAAAUUUUAUUGCCAAUCAAAGAACGUCAAUAUUUUCGACGGGUUUGUCUUCACGUGCGCAAAUUUCUACUCACAACAAACAGCUGCUGCUCGCAAAAAAUAAUAGUGUAACAACAACAACAACAACAACAACAACUACAACAGAAAGCAGUUCACCUACGCAUCUCGAUUACAUUGUGAUUACCGAUUACAAUCGGCCACGCAAGCGCACCUUCUGGCAGAAAUACGGUCGUAUAUUAUUGAUUGCGAUUGGCAUUUCACUGAGCGUCGCAUGCAUCAGCAUUUUAAUUAUUGCCAUAAAUUGUUAUCGUGUCACGGCGCUGAAACGUCGUGCCACUGUCGCUCUAACAUUACCAAUUCCACUGUUGCCCGAAGAUCAGACACUUCUGCACACUGAGCCGGACAAUCCUGUACCCAUGCUAUCGGUACAGACUGCCGGCUACGCGGGAAUGGAGCGGCUCGGCGUUCCGACCCGCACCACACUUAACUCACCACCUGACGACAGAGGGCAAUAUAGCUGUAGAAUGCGCGUGGAGACGUUGCCAGCGCGAGAGAUUUUAGUACGUAGCGAAACUGUGAUCCGUAGCAACAACGCUAGCAGCAACUGUACGAGCGCUUGUAUGACCACCGGCAAUCCUAGUGGCAGCAAGAAUCAGCAACAGCAACAGCAACAACAACAAUUAAAUCAAGAACAUCACAAUCAACAUUCCCACCAUCAACAGCAUCAUCACCAAUACCAACAACAACAACAGCAACCGCACCACCACCAUAACCAGCAGCAACAUUACCAGCGCAUGUCAGCGCAACAACAAGAACAGCAGCAGCAGCAGCAGCAGCAGCAAACGGCAUGCAGCAGUGCCCACAGCGACAGCGCGCGCAAUGGCAACAUACCCGCCUGCAGCACCACAAGUAUUAGCAACAACAAUAGCAGCAGCAAUUUCAUGCGCGGCGGCAUUGAAGCGGCCACACUCAAGUAUGGCAGCAUGGGCAGCGGGAGUGGCGGCGCCGGUGGCUACGGCAGCAGCAUAUCGGGCAGUACCUGUGGCAGCAAUAGUUCCUGCAAUAGUCACAGCAUCGAUCACCAUCUGCACUACCAGCAGGCGAAGCAGCCCAAGCAACAGCGCACGCCACGCUGUCCACACCAUGUGCCGUUGCCGGAUAGCGAAUGGGGUCAGGAUCGCAACAUGCAAAUACGCGCAAGCUAUCAGCAAUCGGAAUUAACGCGUUCCUACAUCAAACCGCCGCCGAAUAAGACCAUAAAAGACGUUCCAGAACAAUCAUCCUACAAUUUCAAUGCGCUGUCAGCGCUUAGCGGCUCCAACAUGACGCUCUAUGCUGCGCCCGCGCCAUCGACAGCGCAGCCACAACCACCAAAAUCAAAGCCAAACGUGAUCACAAAGCUUUUCUCGCGCAAAAGCUCACCCAAAUCGCCCACAACGCUCUCAUCAUCAUCAUCAUCUUCCACGUCAGCGAACUCCUCGCUGCCCACGUCUGCGUCUAUAACGUCCAUGCCCGCAUCAGCAUCGUCCUCGGCGUCAUCGAUAGCGUACGCCGCCGGUGGCGCCGCUAUAUCAGCGUCCGCACUAGCACCUUCUGCAUCCACAACGUCAACACCAUCGGCACUCGCAUCGGCACCUCUCGCCACCAUGCCCAUAUCGACAGCGGCCACGCUAAAGACGACCGCCUGCAGUUACGGCGCCAGCUCAUUACAAUCGUCCACGCCACCCUCCAUAACGGCCGGUCUGGCGACCAGCACACAACUACUGACCACAAUCGGCGUCUCGCCCACAGCCACACCCGCCGCCUCCAUCGAGCGCAUACCAACACCGCCACUCUCGGUGACCGUGCCCAUCGGUGGCUACCACCAUCACCAUCACCAGCACCACCACCCACACCAUCUUCAUCACCUCCACAAUCAGCAGCAACAGCGCUUAUACCAACAGCAGCAGCAGCAAAUAUUGCUGGAUAGCAUUGUGGCCGAGAGCGCCACGCCAACCACAUCGUUGCAAUCGCUAAAGAGCAGCAGCUGCAAUUUGGCCACCGCCGGCGCCGCGGAGCGCAACAGCAGCCGCAACAGCUUGGUCGCCAUGGAUUGCUAUCCGCUGACGCCACGCUCGCGCACUCCCACGGCGUCUGCGUCGGAUGACAAUGGUUGCAAUUGCAACUGCAAAGACUGUAAAGCGUGCACGCCAAAUGCAACAACAUAGCAGCGUGUGGCUGCGGCGGCUGUUGCCACUACUACCACCACUACGCCAGUUGAUGGCAUCGAAAUCGCGAAGAUGGCAUAGUGUGGUGACGUGGCGGUGCAGGAGAAGUAGAUAAAAGACAGACGGGUACAGCGCAGCGUGAACAAGUUGUGCAUUAACUAGCAACAAAUUCCUGUAUGUGUAUGCGUAUGCGCCAAGGGGGGGAAUAAUUCAUAGUAUAUAUGUAGUCGCUGCAAUAUGUUGUACAUACGCGCUUACGCAUAUUUGUUUGUGUGGUGUGUGUGUGCAGCAGUUAUGUAAAUUGAUUUAAGCUGAGAACAUGGAACACUACUUUGAACGCUGGUUUCACAUGAACUUUGUAUUCACAUCAUUUCCAAACGCAACAGUAGCGCCGAACAAGGGGAGGUGAAAUGGAAAAAUGGAAAAAUGGAAAAUUUAGAAUUGCAUGAAAUCGUCGCAGUAUAGUAUAUAGAUUAAUCAAAAACUUCUGAGUAGUAUUGCUUGAAAAUCAAGGAUUGUAAGCCCAAAGUGAGCUGCCAGCUGAGAUUAAAAAAAGAAAUAAUUUUUUUUGUUUAUAAAUUCGCAUUAAGCUAAAUAAUUUUGUAAAAUAAUUCAAUGGCUAAAUUAAAUGGAAUUUUUUGUAUUUUUUAAAUAAAAUGUAUUUUUUUAACUAUUCAAAAUUUAUUUUAGUCAAUUGAACUGAGUUUUAAGCGUAGCCAAGAAAAGGUGUAAAAAUCUAUGAAAUUGUGUUCAUCAUCUUGUCUCUUAAUUAAUUGUGCGUGUGUGUAAUUGCCUUCGAUUAGCAAAUUUUAUUGAAAUAUUUAUAUUUAUUUAACUAAGCAUACAGCUGGCAGUGCACUGUGGCCGAAAAGUAUUCGUACUCAUGCUUUCUCGUGCGCACUGUUGUGUUUUUAAACGAUUUUAAUUUGUAAAGAUUAAACUAAAAUAAAUUACGUUUUAAGUCAAUCCAAUAAGUGUAAAUAAGCUAAACGUUAGCAUAGUUAAUUUACUAGCCUUAUCCAUACUGCAUACGAGUACACGUAUACACACAUAUUUGUAUGUAGUGUAAGUGAGAAAGGAAAUUAUAUAAUGAAAUGGAUUUUUAAUUAGUCUAAAAUAGCGGAAAGUAGCUGUAAGUGGAAAAUGAAGAAAAAUAAACUGAAUUAAAUAUGCAUCUAUACUAAAUGCAGCGCUGUAAUUUGAAUUUCAACAAGCAGUUAGCAAAAAUAAACUCUAAAAUUUUUAAAGCAUUCAUUGUUUUUUCAUUUAUUAUCAACAUUAUUAUUAUUAUUAUUUGUUUUUUAUAUGAAAUUUGAGUAAACUAGCGAGUUACGCACCCAAUUUGAGUUAAUUCAUCUGAAAUUAUAUGGAAAAUGUACGAUAAAUAAAAGAAAUUUAUAAGCAUAUGUAACUGUUAAUACGUCUUUUAUUGAAUCUGGCAUUUCUUUAUUUUUUUUACUUAUUUUUUUUUAUUUAUUUUCUUUUUGAAAAAUAAAGGCAUCUAAAAUAUAUAUAUUUCUAUUAAAUUUGUUUAAGCUUUUGUUUUCUUGAAUUUAAGUUAAAACUUGAAUUUUAAAAAUUUGUAGAUUUUCUCGAUCAGCAGAAAAAUGAAUAUACAUAAACUAUACUCAAAUAUUGAAGUGCUGUAUUCCCCAAGGCGUUAUAAUUUUGAGUUUAGCUUUUAUGUCUCACUAUAUACAGUUGAACUUCCCUAACUCGAAACACCAUAAUUCAUAAAAAAACUUCGCUUUAGAGAGACUUGCGAGUUACAGAAUGUAAUUUGUAUGAAAUUUGACUUCUAUUGCAAUUCAAGAGUUCGAGUUAUGGAGAAAUUCGAGUUAUAGAAGUUCGAGUUAUGAAAGUUCAGCUGUAUAUAAUUUCGAUAUUUAAAAUGUUUUUGAUUGAGAAAGUUAUUAUUUAUUCCUAAACUCAUUUGCCGCACACUAUUCGCUUUUCGCCCAAUAUAUGUAUAUGCACGAAUGGUUUCAAAUAUUGCGUCAAACGAUCAAUUAUAGUUAAAAUAAAGAAGUAAUAUUUAGCGAAAAUUAUCAUUAACUUAUUUAAUUUUAAAUAAAAUAUAUGAAAAGAAUAAAAAAAUUACCAAAACAAAAAAGAAAAAAGCUGCCAACUUCAUAAAAAACAUUUAGAGAAGAUUGGCUAUAUCAUUUAUUUAUUUUUUUUUUUUUGAUUUUAUGAAUAAAUUUUUUUUUUAAUAUUUCAAAAUAGCUUAUUUAAAAUAAAAACAUGAAUUUAGUUUAUCAAAUUUUAAUUCAUAAUUUUUACAUUAUUAAUAAUAAUUUUUUUGAAUUUGGCAGCAUAAGUAAAUUUAAUGGCAAAUUGUCCGAAACCGAAAAAUGUGUAUUAGCAAAUAACAUUAGUCCUUCUCGAUGUCUAAUAAAACUAAUAGUGCGGAAGAACCAAGCGUGGCAUAAACACAAAAACAAGAAAAAUUAAAAACAAUGAUGUUUACUAAAAAGUUUGCGUAAAAUCAUGAAAAUAUAAAAUACCACUCAAACAGCAAGAAUAUCUGUAAUAAAAAUAAAAUGAAGUCUUAGACAUCCAAACAUAGUAAUUUUGUGACUUGAACCAAACUAAUGCAAACCUAAACCGUAAGACUUUAUUAUAUGGAAAAGAUAACCCUAAACCAGUAAUCCAAAAAAUGCAUGUGACUUGAAAAAACAAUACUUAAACUGUAUGUGUCUAUUAAACAACAAGAAAACAAAAACAUUUUAGCAAUUAGAAAACUCAAAAACUCCUUACUAACAUACUUAACGCGUAAUAUCCACUCUCAAGCAUAUUCAACGAAUAUUUCUUUUAUUUAAAUGAGUAUACAUACAUAUAUAUUAUAUGUCACUAUACAUCACUACAAAAGGUAAUAGCAAUAACUUCAAUAUUAUUUGAAACAUAACUGAACAACGACAUCCGCAACCAUAUAGUAUGUACAUGUAAUGGUACUUAUAGGGCACAUCAAUGCUAUGCGUAGCCUUUGUUAAAACUCCAACGAACAAUAAAAAAUGGAUUUUGUUUAAGUUGCUUUUAUUAUUUAUUAUUUUUUAAUUUUAAUUAACUUAUUCAUCUCAAAUAUAUAUGAGAAAUAUACAUAUUUAGAAUGAAAAGAAAAUAUUUCUAAUAAAAAAAAAAACAUUUCAUGCCGAACAGUUCCGUACGUCCGCAUUUGUUAAACGCCUUCAAGAUUAUGUUACACCUAUAUCCCUUAAAAUCGACCACACAUUAAGGGGCACACCUAGUGUAAUGUUUUAAGAAUAUAUUUAUACAUGUUUCAAGAAUAUACAGCGAAAUUUGUGAAAAAAAAUUAAAUAUUUUUAAGUUAUAGUCGAUCUCCAACGGCGCGAAAAAAAAGGUCCUUCACUGCUGCAGUGAUUCCGGCCUUCUCCGUGGAUGAAAUCUAAAAAACCAAAUUCUCCUUAAACUAGAAAAUAUUGUCUGUACAAUGACCUACGAUAAAAAAAAAAAUCAAAAAUUCACAAUAUAGCGGCUUUAAAAAAAAAAUAGUCGAACUUUACCCAAAAUUUUGGUCGUUUUUGUCCUGCCAAAUAGGCAGAUAGGUCAUUGUACGGAGAACUAUAUAAAGAACAUGUAAAAAAACUCGAUAGUGAUCAGAUCAUUUGUUUUGGAGUAAUCUACAAAUUCGGAAAAUGAUGUUUCGAGAAAAAGAUAAUCUACCGAAAUAUGAACCAAAAAAAUGUAUUUUUUUGAAAUUUCACACUAGGUGUGCCCUUAAUACAGUAAUGAAGACCGUUUCCACGAUAGAUCCACAUAACCGACAGAUCUACGUACCUUAACGGAUCCGGAUAUACAUAUAUUUGACCAAAGGCUGUCAACUUGACAGUAUUCCUCAAAAAUAUUUCCGAGAAUAUUUUCUGCCACUACAUCAGCAACAACAUUAAUAAUAAUUAAAAUUCUUGAUGUCUCUCUUGAUAGAAACAUGCAUAUCUCUAAGAGAGCGGUUAGUCUUGUACCUUUGGCUUGGUAUAUUUAAUAAAUUGUGAUUCAGCACACUUUCCUUCUGCAAAAAUAUAAACAAUAUAAAACGAAUAUUUUGUUUUGAAACUUGCCUUCAUCUUCUUCUUCCUGUUUUUAUACUUUGUCAGAAUAGAUUCUACACUGAAACCACACUAAGUUCAGGCAGUCCCAAGGAGGUAUGGAAACUCAUUUCUUCAAUUGUCUGCAGUUUAUAUCCAUAUAUAAACAGUUUAUUCUCACUUAGUUCGGUAGGCAUUACACUUGCUACAAUAAUAUUAUUCUUGUUAAUGAAGAGCAUAAAAGUGAGUUGAUUUCAAAUUUUGAACCUAAUUUAAACUACCUCCAUUAAUAAUUAAGUAAACGAAUGUGUUGCAAUCAAAAUGUGCAACAACAAAUUAUGAAAAUAUUUAUGUAAAUCUUCUUUUACAACAACACUAAGUAAAUAUAUAUGUAAGAAUAAUAUAAUAAAAAUAAAAAAACUGUUGAUUAAACCGCAAGGACAGGCACGAAGAAUGGUCGUGUGUUAAGAAAGAGAAACAAUCAUUUUCGAAUUGAAAAAGAAAACGAAAUUUUACGAAGUUUUAUGUAUUCGUUAUUUGAAUUUAAGCAAAAUAAAAUUUAGGUAUCUAAAUCUCUGUAGGUCAAAGUGGGCAGUAUGUAUAGUAUAAGUCUGGGGUGCUUGUCGUCGAGACCAGCUACCCAGAACAACUGUAUAUGCACGGAUUGUGAGUGUGUGAGUACACUCAAGCCGUCGACUGAUAUUUUAAUGUUUGAACUUAGAAAAAAAGUAAACUAAAUUAAUUAAUUUAAUUUAAUCAUAAAGAAUUAUAAAUUCCAUAAGCAAAUGUAAAUAUUUGGUAAGAGAUUAUUACUAUUUAUUUAUGUUAUAUAUGUAUAAUAGUUAACGGGUGUUAAAUUGUAACGAAAGCACAAGAAUCGGGCGCCACUUUUCAAGCUAUGACAUACAUAUACAAAUCUAAUGAAUAUAUAUGUUUUAAAUCAACUCAAAGAAAUCAAAAUUGAAUGCAAUAAAUAAUUUUAAAUUAAAAGAGAAAAAUCUGCAUAAUGCAAUGUGUUUAAUAAAAAAAAAACAUAAUAAUAGCGAAAAAUAUACAGCGAAAAAGCAAAAAUGGAAACACACAAAGAAAACAGCUAUUGCGGUGGCUGAGAAAUAUGAUAUUCUAAACAUAAUUUAUUUCAGCGCAAAGCGCAAACCUUCCAAAUAAUUAAUAAUAAAAAUAAUUAAAGAAAUUGUAAAAUUUAAAAAUUAUAAGCAAAAAUAACUGUAAAUAUUAUUGUAGUGCAUAGAAAUAGAAAUCUUCAUUUAAGCGUGACUUUUUAUCGUGAAACACACACACACUGAUUCUCCGCAACUCAACUGAGCGUUGCAAUGCAGCAAGGGCUUUAAUUUUAAACUUAUUGCAACGACAACAAAUGUUGCAAAUGCCGCUUACAAUCCGCCCUCAAACGACGAAAUCCAAUCUGUUGCAUUUUAACGUUUUCAUUUCAACUCAAACACAAGAACUCAGACACGCAAGCGCAUAAACCAACUAAAACAAUAUUAGCAAAAUUUUUUAAAAAGAUAUCACAGUACUCGUAGAACGUGGAGAAACACACACGUGUAGGGUAUAGAUACAUAUAAAUAUGUAUGCAGCCAUAAGUUGUCGACAGUUGUGUGCAGAAAAUAUAUAUGAACUACUUAUUAUUAUUGUUGUUGUCGAAUAUUGAAAACCCAAAUAAAUAAAAAAUAGAAAUGUAAAAAUAAAAGCAAAAAUGCAAAAUAUAUAUACAUAAAUACUUAAAUCUAUAUACAUACAAAAAUCCAUAUAUUUAAUUAUAUAACGCAAGGGGCAUGCAGCAGUUGCAGGUUGAAAAGUAAACGCCAGAUAUUCGAUGUCCAUUUGGAGUUUCAACCCCAAAAACGACAUGCAAAUUCUAGUGAAGUGAAAGUUGCAUUAAAUAAAGACUCGAAAAAUAAAACAGAAAAAAAAUAUAUAAAUAUAAAUACAAUGUAUGUGCGUAUAUUAUUUGUUUUUAUUCGAAUUUCUCGAAAUGUAAGUAUCAAACCACAACGAUCAACAAUUUUAGCUUUAUACUUAACUACUAAAACUUAACUACUAACGAAUGAUUCGGAGCCGCUGAUUAGCACCUGAACUUGCAGCAAAAUUUGCAAAUGAUGAAAAAUUGCGAAAUGCAGUAUUUUCUUUUCGCACAGGAGUUAAUUAAUCAAUUAACCGGCCUUUGCGCUAAAAAUAUUACUAAUAUAUUGGUCUACAACUUUGCUUCCGACGUUUUUUUGUAAAUUUAAGACUUUUUUUCACUUAGGACAGCCUCACCGUACGUAUCCGAAAGCAUUCGAUGAACCUCAGCCGCACUUUUCUUGUAACUAAAAAAGAAAAGCAAAAUUUCCCGCAAAUGUCGAGAAUUCGGCUCAAAAAGUGACAUUUACAGUUGAGAAUAAGUUUGGGAUGCAAACAGAUCUCUACAAAUAUUUUGUUGGGUUAAUGUUGACACAAAUGUCCAAGAUCGAUAUAAAAAAAAUCGAUUUAAUCGACCAGUGCUUGACCCUAGAAACGGCGGAAGCAAAGUUGUAGACCUAAUAUAAUUCUUAAUCGAAUACAAAUCGGGUUGGAGCUGAAAUGCAACUCUGCGGGUUGUCAAUUUAGUUGUGCUGUUGAUGAAACUUACCAUUUUUUUAUGAACAGCAAAAACACUGUAUAACAGCUAAUCGUUAAUCGAGUAGGCGGCUGUGCGAAAGGCAUAAACUUGUUUCUCAAUUAUAAUCUUAAUGUACUAAAUUUAUUUGACCAAGCGAAAAAUGCAUGAGAACUGCCUAAAACGAUCACUAAAUAUUCUCUCUUGAAAUUAUUAUUAUCAAGAAAUGUCAAAUAAAUCAUAUUAGAGACAGUAAGAAAGGUCAAUAAAUACAGUUAUCAUAUCUGGUAUAAGGAAGUCAGAGAAAUCUAUCACUAAAUUUCCACCAUUUUUAUACCCUGAACAGGGUAUUUUAAGUUUGUCACGAAGUUUGUAACACCCAGAAGGAAGCGUCGGAGGCCCUAUAAAGUAUAUAUAUAAAUGAUCAGUAUGUUGAACUGAGUCGAUUUAGCCAUGUCCGUCUGUCUGUCCGUCCGUCCGUCUGUAUGUAACUAUAUAUACGUACUAGUCCUUCAGUUUUUAAGAUAUCGUUUUGAAAUUUUGCAGAUGUUAUUUUCUCUUCAAAAAGCUGCUCAUUUGUCGGAACUGCCGAUAUCGGACCACUAUAUCAUAUUGCUGCCAUAUAAACUGAACGAUCGGAAUCAAGGGCUUGUAUGGAAAACUUCCGCAUUUUACUACAUAUCUUCACGAAAUUUGGUGUUGGUUAUUGCUCAAAGAAAUAAUUUAAUCUCCGAAAAAAUUGUUCAGAUCGGUUCACUAUAGCAUAUAGCUGCCAUACAAACUGAACGAUCGGAAUCAAGGGCUUGUUUUUUAUUUACUUUUUCUUACGUCUUUAGAUUUACUUAAACACAUAGUUACUAAAAGAAAUACACCUGUGAAGGGUAUAUUAGCUUCGAGACAGCCGAAGUUGAAGUUUUUUCUUGUUUGGACAACCUAAAACUCUUUUCUCCGAACUUAAACUUAAUAGUUUUAUCAAUUAGACAGUUAUUGCAUUUCCAGUAGUUCCGAUCCGAUCCGAUUUUGUCAUCAUUUUCAUCAUGGGAAUUGUAUCAAUAGAAUUAUUAAUGGAUAAGAUGGUUCCAAGAGCAUUCAAGAUUCGGAGCACCUUUCGUAAAAACCAAUCCUCGCUGAACAACCUUCUUAGCUUUUACAGUGUUCACGUAUUGACAUAAUUACUGACUUUUAUUUUUAAAUUUUUUUCGUUCAUAACGAUUUUUACAAGAAUUGUUUAUUUUGAAAAAAAAAAAUACAAAUUGUAUGAUUUGUGAUCCCGUGGGACUAAGAAGGUUAUCUGUGAAAUUUGUGGUGGUUUUUGGAUAUUGAACUAUUUGUGACAACUAUUAGGAGGACCUUUCCACAAAUAAUUGCUUAAUAUUGCUUGUUGUUGUUUUAAAAGAUAAUAUCCAGCAACUAAGGCAACCAAAAUAAAUAAAACGUUGCCCUAGGUUACAAAAGGAGCAAAAAACAGCACUAACUGUUUAUUUACUGCUCACAUUCAUAAAAAAGCGAGACUAACGGAAUAACGCUAACGCAGUUUUUGAAGGAAAACUAUCUUAUGGAUCCAGCUAAGCAACUAGGAAUUGGG